UUAGAUUCAAAGCAUUUGAGUCAACGAACCUUCUAACAUGGCUUCAGUAGUAAAAACCCUGUCCCUUUGCCUGUGCCUAAUUGCAUUUGUUACACUGGAAAUCAAAGCCCAAACGACCGAUCGCACUUCGGAGUUUCAAGCCCUCUGUGAUAGAUACAGAACAGUGAUGAACGACUGUGAAGAAAAACUUCCCGGGCUAGUGACUGCUGAUGAGCAAGCUUUGCUGAAUUCAGCCGAUAAUAAUCAGGUGUGUUUGGAAGAGGAAGGAGAAACGAACUUUGCCGAUGCUUGUGAGAUCUUGGAGAGCGUUUGCAUCCGAGUUGUCUCGUGUCCUGCUUCAGCUCGUUUUAGGCGUUCUUCCUCUGUCUCUGCCUCUGCUGAAUCAUCCGUUGAGUCUAGUGAAACAGACUAAGAAGGCCAUCGCCAAAUAUCGUCUUUGAAGAAGAUUAGAGAUCAUUCUUCUGCACCUAGUAGUUAUCUGAAGUUUAAUUUAUUGUUAUUCAUUUUUAUUUAAUUUUACGUAUUUAUAAUUAAACAAUAAUGUAGGCCUAUUAAUUCCGCCAUUUUGAGAUGAUUAGAUGCCUACAUAAUGUAAUGCUCUCGGGACUGCCC